UUCUACGUUCAUGCUAAAAAGCUGUUAAGGUCCUUUGAAAAAGGCUUUUUCGUAACUGCUCUUUGGUAAUUCUGCCUUCACCGGGAAUACGUUUCCAGGAUUACAUUUAUGUACCGUAUAUCGAUCCUUUAAAUGGUAAUAUUGUGAACCAAAGAAGCAUUCGAUUCCUUUGCUAAAAGAUUUUUUCUACUCCUUUGAUGUUUUAUUUGAAUUUUUGUGUACAUUGGCAAGGUUUCUUCUUACUCUUGUUUUGCGUUUAAACAAAAACGCAUGGAUAGAUUUCUCGAUCAUGCUAGAAUUAUACUUAUUAUUGAAAUACGAUUGGAGAGGGAUAUGGUUGUGGUUCAUUGAGGUCUUAAUCAGUUUUACAUCACCAUGAGAACAUUUUUCUGUUUAUUUGAUUCUGUGACCUGGUUGAUAGUUUUCUACAUCGUAAACACGUGUCAGAUUGUUUACAUUACGAUGGCCAAAGUCUUGUUGCAAAAUGUUGCAAAUUUGAUGAAAACGCUCACUUUUGUGAAGAAAAUAACAUGAUUAAGAUUGAAUAUGUAGACUUCAUUUAAUAAUGUCUUAGAUUUCUGAAAAAGGGCGUGAGCAAGCUAAAAGAAGCUGUUCAAAACACCCGAAAAUAUAAGCGUAUAUGAUGCUCUAGGAUGCAUAAUACACUGAGCUCUCAUCGGAAAAUUUGAAGCGACUUAACCCUAUCAGCUUUCAGAAGACUUCUUGUCAUGAUCUGGCCCGUAAAUCUCUCGGCAACAGCCUAUUCUUAUCUUUAUUUUAUGAAUCUGAGAUUGUGCAGAUUGCCGCACCUUUGCAUUCUUGAAUAGGCAAAGUCGUAAAAAUACUAGAACGUCUCAUGACUGGUUGGCUUAACCAACAAAACUCUUCCUCACAGCGAACUUACAGAGAGUGACCUGCAUCAGCUCCAGCACCCUCCCUCUCAUCUCGCCUCCCACUCUGAGAAAGAACAAGUUUUAUUACCCAGAAUAAUGCUAUUUUCACCUUCUUGGCUCGUUACUCUACUAAAAUUUUUCCGACUUAACUCAAGGACAUUAUUUUUGCUCGUUUCUCAUUACCUUUUGAUCUUACUUUAAAGGCCAUUUUAGAUUGCAAACGUUUCUAGAUCUGCCUUCUAUUUAGUCUGGUUUGGAGAACUGAGUUUCUCUAUUUCAACUUGGGGAAGUAUCUCCCUUUUGCUUAUUUAGGAGAUUGCAAACCUUCUAACACGUGCUUAUAAUGCGAGGCUUCAAAUAAACUAUAAAAUGAUCGAUCUUUUUAAGGCCUCGUUCACUGCCUAGGUGAGGCUCUUUAGGGCCAUUGUGAAUUGCCUGGUCGCUUGAUUCUCUCGAAGUUGACAUUCACACGGAGGCACAUGAUCGACGAGAGUUAGAUUGUAUAUUUUCAAGAAGCAGGGUAAUAUGAUGUCUAAAAUGUGAUAUGAUGUCCUGAAACUACGAUAAAAUAUGAAAGUGUCAUUUUAGAAUGGACAUGUCCUUGUUUACCACCAAUUCAGAUCACUAAGCUAUGAACAGAAAUUCCGAAACAAAUUCCAUGGAUAUUUCCAGACAGCUGAUUCCAGAAUGUCCCAUCUACAAACUUGAAAGCUAGCUAAGUGAUUAUUUGUGACAGUAAGUUUACUCCAGGACGGUUCCUUUUACUGACCUUAUCAAAGUCGACCGCCUUGCCCAUGUUAAACUAGGCCCUCAAAAAGGUCAACAGAGUGAAAUUAUCAGUCCAGUUUUAUGUUAAAUUGUGUGAAUUAGCUUUUAGCCUGGAUUGUUACUCACGGCUAUUGGCUUCCGAUUAACAUUUCGAUCAUGCAUAUCUUUGAAAAACAUCGAUUUAAGUGGUACAUAAAGGAUUGAACCGCAUUUCGUUGGAUUUUCAUCAAAAACCAAAUGGGUUUCUUGAAGUCAACAACAACGGCGUUCAAGACAAUGACCCGUUAUAGGCGAGAAUUACUGUUCAGGCUAUGAAAAGUUGAACAUCUCACAGGGACCAUGGCAACACUAUCAGUAUUGGGCCGUCACUUUCGUGCCCAGGCCCUUACUCCGAUGCCAUAGACAGCUCUUGUAACUUUUUAGAUAGAAACUAGUACGCACUAACCGAUAUGUUAAUGUUAAGUUUUAACGGACCACGUAGUUCAUAUUCAAGAUAACCCUUCCUCUUGCGAUGCCCGCGUCGUUGCUUUACGUGUUAGACUUAAUUUACAGAUUAAGUACAUGAAACUCUCAUCUCGACUCGCCUUAUCAAUAGCAACACGAGUUAAACUAUAUUGAAAUUUUCAUCUCAAUUUGCUCAGACGCUGUUUCUGUUCAAAUAAUUAAUAAAUCCAAAAACAUCUGCUUUAUACUGCUUUCAUAAGUUUGACACGCUGCAAGGAGCAGUUUUUAUCAAGCUUGUUGACUUUUACUUCCGGAAUAUUCGAAGAGUUUAAGGAGUAGAAAAUCCCCUUUGCUGUCUUCUUGGACCUGCAGCUUGUUACGUUUACCGCGUUAGAAUGUUCCAUUUGCGUAAAUGUCAUUGGAGUCACGCAAAUCCCUUUUUGGAAACGGAAUUUAAUGUAACACGAAAACUUCUUGUUAAUAGUCCGUCAGUCUGACAGCAUCCUUUGCAGCCGUUUCGUGAGCAUAGUAUGUUCCGGCCUAUUUACAAAAACACUUAUGCAAUAUCCUUUAUCCUUCUAUACUGUACAUAAAAUUUAACUUUCACACUUCCUGGUCAUUAUCCCUCGUAUAGCACCGUUUUUUAAUCCAAUUUGUACAUCAAACUGGAAGGUGAAGGCCCUUUACUUGUAUUUGAGGUAACCAAACACAGCGUGGUUGUUCUCGCACUUUGGCAUUGAUUGUCCUUUUAUCUUUAUGCCUGAGAAUUUUUCGUGCUCGAAUUCUUUGCAUAUAAAUUAUCUAAAUAUGUUUCAGACAAAAACAAAUUGUGAGAAAAUAUUGGCAGUUGGUUUAUAGUAUUAGCUAUAUCUACAAAAGGAUAGGUUUGACGUAGAAGAGUAACAAAUAUAUUAUGCUGGGGAUUAAGUCAUUAUUUUUACUGUGAAAUUAUUGGCCUGUCAGGUCUUAGCUGUUACAGAAAUGUCCAGUACAUGACCCAUAAAUAGACUUGAUUGGCAUUCUAAUCGUUAGAUAGUAACAGAAAGGAAGGAGUGUCGCUCUCCCAAGAAUCAGUAUUGGUUCUAUACUGGCUAGGUUAUGUGCUGAUAUCACGAUUACAUGUUCCUGUUUGUAACAGUUUAAGACGGUUUGUGCUGACAAAAGAGACACGGGAAGAAUCUGAUAGUGGAAUUAAGUUCUAACAAAGUUAAGCACAAAUUGGUAAGUCUUCUAAGAAUAUUUUGUGUUGCCCUCAUGUGAUAUUUUGUGCUCCAGCAAUUGGAUAACCGUGUUUACGAACUGCAACCCAAACACGAUUUUGAAAUUCCUGAGCUGCAAUUGAGAGCAAUGAGACAAGGCAUAAAUGCUUGAAAACUAGUUCUUUUAAGUGUGCUUGUGCUUUGAUUUCACAAAUUUAUAUGCCAGUUGAGUUUAUCUGAAGGGGUAGUUCAGUAUCUUUACUUAGAAGAGAAAAAACACGGUCUUAUAGAGGGCAGCAUUUAGGAGUAUGUCCUUCGCAAAACUGCUAGCAUUGUUUUAGAAACCUCAUUAAAGGGCUCUUGAAUGUCAUAAAUUUCAGUAAAAAACUAUAGAAAAAAAAUAAAUUGACACACUUAUCUUAAUUGUUAGUUUGAUCUCUUCAGUAUUAAACAAAUAGUUAAAACAAACUUCACGACAUUGCUUAUGGAAUAUAGUUUGAUAUAUAAGAUUAUAACUGAAAAACGAUUUGCAGAACGACUGUUCUUCGUUCAUCGAUUGAUACUUUCUCUCCUGAAUGAUAUAUCAAUUGUCCACCUUAGCUAGGCACAAAAGUUUAAGAACUACGCUGUUUUGGAGCUUGGGUUGGUUUGAUGGUUCUUUUCAUUAACCGUUAAUGGUCUUACUGGUUAAGGAUAAGCAUUUUCUUGACACAUAAACCGAAUCAUAAAGACCAUCUUUAGAGCCGUAUGCCUUAACUAUAUAACUUCUGCGCUUUGCGUAUGUUAUUUAGUUUUGUGUUUGGUAUACCACCUUAUCAUGCUAGAAAAUGCCCUUUAUUGCUCUCGCGUUAUUUCACCCUAACCCCGAGACAUGUUUGACCCAUUCACCAAUGACUAUUCCAAAGACCUUCGAUUCACAAGUCUAUUAGUCACCAGUCCUCUCAAGCUGCAUACCUGCUAGAUUUGUCCUUACGCGUUCUUGGCUAGCUAAUCCCAGCAUUCUUACCGUUAUUAAUUAUUUGGAAAAAGCUGUCAGGCCUCCAGGAAUUAUUAACGUGGGAGUUAUCCCAUGAGGGAAGCAAACCUGGUAGAACCCACCAUGGCGAUUGAAAAAUCAAAGGAUGAGCAAUAGAUUGUUUUUGUAAUGCCUUUGUAAACACUAUCCACUUAUAUGCUCAAAAGGCAUACAGUUGAUUCCGAAGUCCGUUUAUUUUUAGUACUGUUUCUCACGAUUUGCAGACGGACGAAGCUUAGUUGCAUUAAGCUGGCAAACCUAAGACAUUCCAAAACGUGAAGUUUUAUUCUUUUACUUCUUUGUAAUCUCAACGAUUGGUUGUCCUGUUGCACAUUUGAAAGUGUUUGGAUCAUUUAAAACAGCAAGACUAAACUUGCGCAACCUCAGUUUGAUAUCGCCUGAGGGCAUGUUCCAUCACAGUGGCUUUGAUAAAAUGAAGGUAAAAUGUUCUAGGGGAGAAACAUCCAAUGGUCGACUUGGGAGGGAAUGAAUAGCCAUUGUCAUCUGUGCCAACGUCAAGAGAACUUAAAUCCUGUUAUAACCUUCAGAGAGAGAGACAUAAUCUAAAGGGGCAGAAUUGAAGAAUUCCCAAACUCAUGGAGCCUCAAGGUUUCUUCUAACAAAGGUGUUGCAUAAGGAUAUUCAAGAUUCCAUGAGAGAUUUAGUUCAUUCCUUGGCUUUCAGCCUCGCCGUGAAUUGCCCCACCAUCAUUUCUGCAGUCUCACCUAGGCUCUUUCAAUAUACAGUGUUGCUCUGAGUCCAAACAAACUUCCUGGAAAGCUUUACCUUAGGAUACGAAGCGACUCAAUCAUAACCAGUCCUCGUUGCCUCCGAGGAUCUCUAGAAUAUCUCUUGUUAGCAAAAGAGAAAAUUUCGGAGAAUUGUGCGAUUUGAAUAACCUGAACGUAAUUGCAUAGAACAAGAACCGAAAUACCGAGGAGGUCGGGGAGGCCUUGGCCCCCCCCCCCCUUUAAAACAUGAGUAGCAUAGUAAAGAUACUUCUAUUUUAUCAAAUAUGGCAAAUAUGUUACACUUGUUUAUCAGGGUUGGCCCCCCUUAAACAAAAAGUUGUAUCUCGGUCUUUGAUAUAGAAUAUACCUAUUUUCGUUUCAUGUAACCAGCUAAAGUGUUAUUGUACAUUGAUCAAUGAAUAUUGGUCGAUAUUUGCUACCUAAACCACUCAUUCGCUUUUGCAUCUACCUAAAUCACUCAAUGGCACUUGUUAACUUUUCCUUCUAAACUAAAAUCAACGGAAAUUUCCAUCGAUUGCCGGUAAAUAUAAUUUUUUAUUUUGGUCACGGAAAUGUUUUAUGUAUGUUAUUUUUUGUGCAUACAAUGUGAGCAUCAAUGAAUAGAGACAUUUGCAAAGCUUUUUAGUGAGGGGCAUGUAGAAUUUCUCACGGUUGCGGGAGAUCUCUAGAAGGCCGUCUUUUAGCUGAAUAUUGUUUAAUUAAUCUUGCUUCAAUUUCUGUGCUUGAGCAUUCUAGACUUUUCGACCUGUAAUACUUGCGAUCAUAAUUUCAAGCAUUAUAAAAGGACGUUCUAAAAAGCCUGGUUUUGUUUAAGCGUUUCUUACCUUCUGACAGUGUGCCGGUCUGAUGAGUUACCUGCAAUUUGUUCCACAAUUUUCUUUUCAUCAUAGUAUUAUUCAACACCACCAUUAUUAUAUUUAUUUUUCGUAUUUAUUUCUUGCCUAGUAUUUUUAUUCUCGUGGCUUGGUAGAUUGUUGUUAAAAUCAAAGAUGCCAGUUAUUGCGACCUUUUUGGUAGGUUUGCGGGAGCGGCCUCAAAAAGCUUAAAGUUGUGCUUAUUUCAUAUUUUAUCAUAGAAACAAAGAUUGUGACAGUCGUUUUUACGAAUAUAUUUACAAGUAGGAUUCCUGAAGUAUAAAUAAAAAAUCAGACUGUCUGGUUUAAAGAUUUAAAUUUAUCUGUAAAUAAACUAUAUAUUGUCGUUCUUUUAAACUUUCGUUACGCUUUGUUGAUUGGGUAGAGGCAGGCUGCGUUCAAAGUAGCUAACAGGAAUUGUGACUUCAUACAUAGAGUACCAAGCCUAUCAACUGACAAAAGAGUCUCGGUUCUGUGUGGCUUUUCGUGAAUGCUGUUUAACUUUUUUUCUAAAAGGCCUAACGGCCUGUUUUCUAAAAGGUCCUUUGUUUUGACUUAGAAGUAAAUUGGCACAAGAGUGUUUCUAUGUACUACAGGAUGCUACGAUUUAGCAUGACGCAUGUAUUUAAUGAUUUGUAACAACUUGUGCAAAAGCCGUUUUGUGUCCAUCGUAGAUUUAUGUUUCAAUUGGAUAUAAAACGGAUUUAUCAAUAUUGAUUUUACAUUGUAUUAGGCCGCACAAUGGACCGUCUGUCUAGCUCUUGCCACUGCCUGAAGAUCUCUUUGGGCUAAAUCCCGCUGUUUUUAACUCCGCAUGAUUAAUGUCCUUUUCAUUGGAAUAAGAAUCCAUCCUUUUCAAAUAUUCAAUUUGCUUUGAUAGUGUAUUUACUAUGUUUUUCAGCGUUCUAAUUCAUAGCGCUCCGCAACACACAGCCAUUUACCACAGAUUCAAAAGCUUUGCUGUUCUGACCCACUCGCGAAUAUUCCAGGUUACUUAGCAUCAAGCGCAGAAAUUACCUAUAUAAUAAAGGGUUAUAGAAAAGAGGAUUUUUCUGCAGGGGAGAGAGGGGAAUGUUGGCAAUGUCUAUUUAAUUACAACUGUAAGAACAUCCUCGGCCGUCGUGUUCUGCUUAUUUAGAACUUCGAACUUCGAACUUCGAGAUGGUUCUUAGAACAAAUAUUCAGUAUGAUACUCAAUAUUGAAUUUUAAACAGUUUUAUGAUAAGGGCUGCGUCGCAUGUGACUCAAACAUUUGUUUCAUGCUUUUAAAAGAGAUACUCAGACAAAGUAUGGUGCUUGCAGAGACCCUAAAACAUGGCGUCCAUGUGGUCAUCGACCUUGAACAUGGCCAGUAAAAUUAAAAUAACUUAAGUACCACCCCAAACUCUUUCUUGUAUUCAUUGUUUUCUGCGGACGGUUGUCAGAGCUUCAUAGCAUUAACCAGAGGAAAGAUAGAUACUUUUUGGACUUUGGUUUAUUCCCGUGCUGCCCCUACCCUUGCGAGUGUUCAGUUACGACCUCAAGGGUGGUAUAGGGGGCCCACUCUAUUAAAACGUGGUCAUCAUAAUUCUUCCAAGAUUGAUAAAUAUUCGCUGUGUAUUUAGCGCUUUGGUUCUUAAAAGAUAGAAAACCAUCGUUGUUUGCUAGAGGGUCGGGCAAUGUAACAACUGUAAUCCUUGCCUUCCGUAUUCUGCUUAUUUGGAACUUUCAUAUUUUCCAUCUGAUUUUGGUAUCUGGAAGUGAAUCUUAUCUGGAGAUAACUUCAUUUAUCCAAGACAUACUUUCACAAUAUCCACUGUUGUUUAACAGAACAAAAUCUGUACUUGCUUGAGAAUUACAAGACAAUAAUUAACUUAUUAGGCAAUAAUUAAGGCAAAAAUUCAUUUUGUCAUAAAUCUGUUAUUGUGUAAUGACGUAGUUUCCUUUACCCCAAUCUUUUGAAAUGCCUUUGGUAAACAGCUCUUAUCGAGCCCCAAUCAAGAAAAUUAUAUAAAUUGGCCUUAAUAAAUGCUUUCCUGCGUCCGGUUAUUGAGUCUUUCAAUCUGAAAUUUUUUGACUGAUUUUACAAAAAUGGAUCGCCAAUUUCGCCUUCAUUUCUAGUUAUGCAGGCCCUGUGGCUACCAAAAGAGCUUCUAGGGAUUUCGGGCUAAGACCCAGGGAUCUUCUCGGUCUGACCUCAGAAGCAUGAUAUUCUUUAACAUGGAUUCACGUAGAUUUGGACGUGCUUGAGCAGAACUAUAGAGGGGGCCUGUAGUUAGAAGAAUGGCCGAUAACAAAGGAGGUGAAAAUCUGGCAUCUUUAAACAAUGUGGAGGAUAUGAUGGCCACAAUCAUACCACAGCAGAGGCAAGGCCGCUCGGCAGCAGAGGCAUUGCAGAUGUCGGCAUCACCUUGCAGCCUGUGCGCUGCCAGGCUUUUGGAACUGAAAAGGCAGGCAAUGAAGGUGAUGAUGAUCGAAUACCACAAGUCAAUGCUGAAGACGAGCGCUCCAUCGGUUGGAUCCUUGUUCUUAGCCGUUUACGAGCAGCUGCGUCUACCAGACAGCUACAGAAGCGCCAUUGAACGCGAUCAGUGCGAACAUUGCUCGACCCAUGUUGAACUGCUUAAACGCGAAGCGGUCUUAUCCUUGCACUCGGUCAGCAUUGCACCGUUUUUGCCGAAGAACCUGGUCGCAGCAUCGAAAAGCAUGAGUGGGGAACAAGCUUUGAAUUCGCCGCAGAGCAAGCAUCGUCCUGCUGACCAAAGUGUGCACCAGACCGCAGAAAAUAUGGAUGCAAGAAAGUCGAUGGCUGCACCCAAAACAGCCACAGCUCACGCCGUCGAAACGCUUCAAAGAGAGAAUAAUCAUGUUAAACGUGGAGGCAUGACAGUUGCACCCAAUGACAUGCAGCAACAAGGAGGACAAGCUGCAGCAAUAUUCUUUGCCAAAGCUGCACAGAAGUUUAAUAUCCCGGCCAAAAAGAAAGCUCGAAAACCUACAGGCCAAUACAAAUCUCACGCUGAUAUGGCACAAGAACCUGAAGAAGAAAAGCAAUUAUUUCCGACGAAUUUCAGCCGAUGUCUGAGCCGAAUGCCCCCAUCAAACCCACCCGGGUUGUUCAAAUACAUGGGGCGAAGAGUUGAUGGCAAGGUCAAAAUCAUGCUCCGCAUUGCCGCCAGUCCGUCUGAUAAUGGCAGCUCUGUUCCGCUCCUUCGUGUCGACCAAAGACGAAAGCAAGUCACUCUUUCAGAACCAAAGGACAAGGAAGAUGAAACCUUAAAGUCCCUGGGCCUUUCAUCGGCCCCAAAGUUGUUUACCUUCGAUGCAAUUUUUGAGUCUUCAGCAACGAAGACUGAGAUUUGCUCUUCUUCACUCCUUGAUGUCCUCCACUCUGUUAUCAAUGGUGGGGAUGGAUGUCUUCUCGUCUAUGGUGCAAGUGGUUUAGGCAAAACCAACACAAUGAUUGGGAAAGAUGAUUCCACACAAUCACUCGGCGCAAUACCAUGUGCAGUAUCAUGGUUGUACAAUUUAAUCGAAGAUAGUAAACACAGAACUGGCGCACGAUUCUCGGUUCGUGUUUCUGCCGUAGAAAUUGUCGGAAGAUCAGAGAAUCUUAAGGAUCUGCUGUCAGAGCAGGCAUCAGGUGCAAGCAGCACUAGUAGUAAUGGAACAUCUCCUGGGAUUUACCUGCGCGAGGAUCCGAUCGGUGGCGUUCAGCUAUCAAACCUGAGUGAACUUCGAGCACCUACCGCUGACAAAGCAUCCUUCUUUUUGGACGCUGCGCUUGCUGCUAGAACAACCGUGCCUGUGAACAGCAAAGAAUCACUUGACAUCACUGAGCACCAGGGAAGUCACAUGAUUUUCACCCUGCACGUUUACCAGUAUCGUAUCGACAAAACAACUGGAAGAGGAGGAGUCCACGGAGGGCGAUCAAGAUUGCACUUGAUUGAUCUCUCGGCAUGGCCAAAAAACUCCUUCAACGAUGGCAUGUAUCAUUCUGCACCAUCCCAAGCUGCUCUUGGCAAGAUUCUUCUUUCUAUGCUGAAUGGAACAAAGCAAGUUUCCCACAAGGACAGCAAAAUUGCUCGACUGCUGAAAGACUCUGUUGGAAACUUGACUUGUAGAACGACUAUUAUAAACCACGUUUCGCCGGACGAAGAUCGCUACUCGGAAAGUCUAGCAACUUUAGAAAUGGCAUCAAAAAUUAGUCGCUCGAGGAGAAGAAAGAAUAAGUACUGCAGUGCAAGCUCCUCCGGUGGAGAGAGCUCCUGCGAUGAGGGCAAGCUGAGCAAACGCCUGCCACGCCCACCAGCAAUUCGAACAUGUGGCAUUGACGUUGGGACGAAGCUCGAAGUUAGUGAUUACACAUCAAGUGCAGGAGAAGAUUCUUGCGAUACAGUUAUCUACGUUGGGCCUAAUGGACGCAUCAGCGAUCAAGAUCUGACGGACAAUGAAGGUCCUCCAAUCGAGAGCGUAUCAACAAACACGAACAGUAUUUUGCUUCCCACGUGCAUGGAAGUCGAGCGCGAACCUACACCGCCUCCUGUGCAGAGAAAAGUCAACAUUGUGAAACCAAUGCCGGUUUCAGCUAGCAGUCUAAGCGAUGCGUCAGUUUUUUCCGACGAUAACCAGAGAUCACCAUCUCCAAUUCAUGUAGAUAAUACUCCUAGUUUGUCCAGUACAAUUAAGCCCCGUAUUGGCGACUUCAUAAUGUCCGAUUGUGAAGAUUUCGACGGUAGAAGAUCGCCAAACUUUGGGCCUAGAAUUGGAGCAAUGAUUGAUGUAAGGGGAUGCAGUGAUAAAGCGGAUCUAGAAGCUGAAAAUACGGUGUCACUUAACAAUGAUGAUUGCUUGCCAACGGGAGAAACAGACGUUGAAGCGAGGCAUGAUAGUGUCUUUUGCGAGACCGAUGAGGAUCGUAUCGAUCUGUGUUCUGCUAUUAAGUCGUCUCGACAAGGUUUGAAAUAUGACAUAAAUGCCAAUGAGAAGUUAACUUCAAAGGAUGACGAGGUUAUUGAAGUAUUCGUAGACGAUGAACAAAACAAAAAUUCGUUAGAAGAGGACCUUCAAUAUGGUAACUUAGAUGAAAACAGUAAAAGUAUUGUUUCAGAGAUAAUUGCAAAAACGAGACCUAAAGUCGAUUACUUCCAGCAUGAAGUAGACGAAGAUGAGCUUUCGUAUCUCCACAUGGGACCUGUGACUGAGAAGGAGCUUCGAAAGUCUGAAAGGAGAAUUAAAAAGCUGCUUAAAGGAGGCCUUAUUGAUAUGAGCCAUAUUCACCGAAGUCGGGAUGUCAACGGAGAAUCAACAAGCUAUAUGUCGGAAUGUGAAACAGAUUACGCCAGACCUGUAGUUAAAUCAGAGAGGAAAGAAUCGAGUGGCUACUCUUCGGCACCUGAAACCGAAAAUCGUCGACGUAGAAUACAGAGAAUCUUUAAGAAAUCAUUCGAAGCAGCUGAUGCGAAAAUGCAGCCCGAAGCACUGAGGGAAGAAUCUCGCGCAACACCAAGGUCGUUAUCGCCAAAUAAGCGUUUAAGUGCGGAGGAAACGAGGAGUCUAUUGAAAGACUUUGUUGCAAAGAAGAUCGAAGAAAGAGCUCUUUCGCCACAAAGAGUUGAAAGGAACACAAAUCAAGAAAGUGACUUCGUUGAUCAAACAGAAUCUUUUGUCCCGUCCUCAUUCGCGCAGGUCAAAUACGUUCCUACGUGCAAAGCAAAUAUCACGAGUACCAAGUUUUGUCGUGGAAGUCUUAGCAGCGUGCAAUCAUCGGAAGCAAACUCGUUCAGCCCCCCUGCAUCAGAUACAAGCUAUGAUAAAGCAGACACGAUCAGUAUGGCCUCGUAUGCGGGUAGCGAAGAUAGAAAUGAGGUUCCAGGGCUUGGUGGUGUGGCAGGCCGGCGAAAACGAAGUCCGGUUAAAAUACAUUAUCGUUGGUCCACUGUUUUCGAAGAGGACGAAAGAUCGAAGCAAAAUAAUCAAAAAGCGACUAGCAGUACGGAUAAACAAACUCCAGAAGGGAAAAAGUCGAAAUCGGGCAAAAAGACUGAGACAAUCGUCAAACCAAGCCCAUGUAAAUCACCCAAGGUUGGAUCGAAAAUGUCUAAACAAGAGAAGAAACGGGAGAAGACAGAAAAACAAAUCGCAAGCUCUUCGCGGACAUUGAAAAGCUCUCGUUUGCAUGUAGAUGAUGUCGGAAACAGCAUUCAUUCAGUAAGUGGUCUGAGUGAGCUGAGCGAAAGCAGCGGAAUUGCUAGUAAUGAUAACUCCAGUUUGUCACAACACAGCAUCCAGUGCAGUCCAUCAGGAUCGAUGAGAGAAACAUGUGUUGCUGCAAGUCAAUCGCCGAUCUCACCACGGACACGAAGAUGGUUUUUCAGUCGAAAGCCCCGAUCCAGCGGUUACGUUAGUGAUGGUAAUGUCACCGAUUCGUCGAGAGCUUCUUCACGUUCGAAAAGACUUUUUGGCUCCAAGUCAAAAUUAUCAGUUGGCAACAGCAGCGGCUACGAAAGUAUGCGAACUGACAAUGCAUCAGGGGCCGAGAGUGCUUGCGAGCUAGACGGAUCAGGACAACGAAAGAAGAAGAGAUUUUUAGGAUUCCGAAGACGUUCCUUGUCUGAUCUUUCAAAACGAGGCAGAUCCAAGAGGUCGUAUUGGAUCGAUAACCCAGCCAGCGACAAUGAAGGAGUAGAAUACACCGUAUACCAGAUUGAGGAUAUCGAAGGAAGGCUGUCGUCUCCCAAAUCUGAGCGAUCAAAUAUGGGAGCUCGAUCAAAUCGAAAGCUUUUAGAAAAUCAUCGUCGUCGUGUUCUUGGUUUAACACAAGAAAGGUCUGACUUGGAAACAGAGCUGGACCAAGCCAUGAACAGACUGAUGCUUGAAAAGGAUAAAUACAAGGUCAUUAAAGGAUCCGAAAACCUGGACCCAAAUCAUCCGCAAUAUGCCGAUGAGCUUGAGAGAGAGAUUGGCCUCUUUCAGAAGCGGUUGCGCGUCUUGAAGGCUCAUUUAGAACUGAUCACGUGUUUUGACAAGAAGCGACAAAGAAAGACGACUGUAAUCUGAAUGGUUUUGCUACGGAUUUCAAGUAUUAUUCGUUUGAAUUAAAUUUUUAAGUAGACGAGUGAUUUAAAUUCUUUGACAAUAGUGUGAAAGUUAGGUCUUAGUGUUGACAAAAAUUGUUGCUAUUUGACAUGUUGUAUUUUAAAUCAUUGCUAUUAGUUAGUUGUAAGACGACUGGUGAUAUCUUCAUUUGACCAUUGACACAGCUUAUUUAACCUGAUUGCGGAUAAGGGCAGAUUAUUUCAUGCUUAUCAAAGCAGUGGCAAAUGAAUACGAGAGUGUGUAUUAAUCUCUUCCUAUGACAAACUACAUGUGGGUAUGGCAAAGAUUUUCCGUUGUGAAAGAAUAAAUAUCAUUUGGUUAGUGGCUUAAGCGAUGUUUUAAGCUUGAAAAAAUAUUACUAGCAGAGCGUUUUAGAGUCCAGUGUGAUGUGCUUGCUUUUACCAAGAAACAUUUCACAAUAACAAGCCUAUCCGAUUAUCAAAACAUCUGAAAAUUGUUCCCCACUAGAUUUAAGUAGCAUGAGCUUGUAAUUUCUCCAUGGAAACAUUGAUUUCUUUUAUUUAAUAAAUUAUUAUGUUUUCUUUCCUUUUAAAGUCUCUUAUUCAGCCAUAAGGUUAUGAGGUUUGUUGUUAGCGACCUUCAAAACACUUUUUCUCUAUUCAUUUCCAUAUGUAUGAAUUUGCAAACUUACAGACACAAAGAUAAAACCACUCCGUACAUAAGCUCUACCAGUUUCGACAUUUGGUAACCUAUGAAGCGAAUAUUUCAUUAUUUUACGUUUUUAUCAAACAUUACUGAUACUUGUUAACUUAAAUUUUGACUAUUUCAAAGUUAUGUUAUCAACCACUUUAUUGUAAAUUAUCUUCUUCGACAACUUUAAAAUAUAUAUAUAAAUACAUAGAUUUAAUUAAGUAAUUUUAGUUUUUUAUAUUUCAUGUAAAAAGAAUUUCUUUUGUUUACGUAUCUUUCGUUUUUUAAUAAACAGAUUUUUCAAUACCUUGUGUUUUAAUCUUCACAAGUUAUAUGAAGAAAUACUAAUGUCUAAAUGGUGUUUAUUGUCUUGCCUAAUUCAUUUAUAAUUUCGAGAGGAACUCACAACACAGACUACUUUUAUGAUAUCUUUUGAUAAAUUUAUGGAUAUUCUGCAAAAAUUGUUUCAUCAAACGAUUUUUCAUCAAAAGGGCAAGCCUUGCAAGAAUGGCAAUUUGGAGUGUACAAUUUUUUCGUUAAAAAAUGGCUUAAACUAAUGUCUUAGAUAGUAAACACAAUGUUGAACAACAGAAAUAAAAGAUAUCUUGCAUCCCAAAGACCUAAAUGGCCUGAAUUUAGAAUGUUUGAUUUUUCAUCAAAAAGGCAAGCCUAUAGCCUUGCAAAAGUGGCAGUUUUGUGGUGAAAAUUUUUUUGUUAAAAAUUUCCUUAAACUAACGUCUUAGAUAG